AUGAAUGCUGUUAUUCGACAAACGUACGGAAUAAUCAGGAUAUUUUAUAGAUUCACCAGAAUCCGGCGUAUAAUUUUCAGUUACAUCGCAUCCCUUUUUAUUGUGGUUCUGCUCUGGAUAUUGGUUGGCACAGCGCCUGCAACAACAACUGGUACGGUGUCCUUUCGAUGUGACGACCAUUAUGAAGAGGAAUUGUUUGAUCCCUAUAAAUAUCAAUGGACUAUUGUUGAUAGCGAUUUCUGCACGCGAAAAUACCCGGAAUUAUUUUUACUAAUUAUUGUCCAUACGGACACUGAGCAUUUCACCGAACGUAUGGCUGUUCGAGAAAUGUGGGGCAGUCCAGAACUUUAUCACAAAGUUGGUACAGCGCCUGCAACAACAACUGGUACGGUGUCCUUUCGAUGUGACAACCAUUAUGAAGAGGAAUUGUUUGAUCCCUAUAAAUAUCAAUGGACUAUUGUUGAUAGCGAUUUCUGCACGCGAAAAUACCCGGAAUUAUUUUUACUAAUUAUUGUCCACACGGACACUGAGCAUUUCACCGAACGUAUGGCUGUUCGAGAAAUGUGGGGCAAUCCAGAACUCUUUCACAAUGUUCGCUUUCAACCAACGAAAGUUAUUUUUGCUGUUGGUAAGUCGAAUAACAGUGACACCAAUUAUUUUUUGGAAAAAGAAGCCGAACAAUAUGGAGAUUUGUUACAACAAGAUUUCAUGGAUACCUACGAAAACCUUACCCUAAAGGCAGUGAUGUGGAUUCGUUUUGUGCACGAAUUCUGUCCUAAAGUACCGUAUAUUCUGAAAAUGGAUGAUGAUGUAAUGAUCAAUUAUUUCGGCCUAGUGCAAAUACUACAAAAUCGAAGCCAUCCAAAUUCGAAGAUACCUUUCAGGAGCAAAACGAUGGCUUGUAUCGUACGUAAAAACUAUCCUGCUGUACGGGAGAAUACAAAAUGGAAAGUUCCAAAAGAAGAGUACUCGGACGAUUUUUACCCACCGUUCUGUAAUGGCUGGUAUUAUCUGUGGACAGGCGAUUUGAUUAAGUUGGUUCUUCGGACGCUACCCUACUGCACCUAUUAUAGAAUGGACGAUGUGCACAUAACGGGACAUAUGGCCAAACGAGUUCAGGCGCAUUUCGAAAACUGGGAACCCAUAAAAUUCGAUAUGAACAGUCCGGACAAUGUUUAUGGAUAUGAGCAGGCGAUAUAA